AUGAAAGAGUCUGGGGAUUCGAAGUCCAGUUUUUUUCUAGUUGAAAGCAUAGUAGACAAACGAGUCCGACGCGGUCGCGUAGAAUAUCUUGUGCGAUGGAAAGGAUUUCCUCCUGAACACGAUUCUUGGGAAACUUUCACGAGCCUCCGAGAGCCGUGUCUACCAUUAAUUCAGGACUUCUACGUUCGACAACGCAAAUUAUAUCACAAAACAGGACGUUAUCGCUUACCUAUUGUUUCUCGUAAAAAACCUAUAAAUUCCGUAUCAGAUCAGUUUCAUGAUUCAUCUUCGAAAUCAGAUAAAGAUAGUGAUGAUGAUCUAACCGCAGACAAAAGCAGUAUUUCUUCCACAAAAAGUCAACCUCCAUCCACUUGCAAGAAUAAUGUUGAAAACAAUGGAGUAAGAAAAACCCCACGUCGAUCUGCACCUAGCUCUAUGGAUUUAAAUAUACCAGACUCUUUUGUGUCACACUUGAUAGUCGAUUCUAACCACUCUCUCUCUCUUCAAAAUCGUGGGUUAGGUUCUCCCCAUCCUCCAUUGGUUUCUGAUGCAAAUACGUCUUCUAAUACUCAAGCAUUCAGCUCUUCUAAUGAUUUAGUAAAUUUUAAACGUGACGACACUCCUAAUUCACCCGCUAUUUCCUUAUCCAGUCCAAGCAAACACGGUCGCGCCAGAGUUGCUAAGGACAAAAAAGUAGUCGCAGAAAAAACUACAGAAAAUUCCGAUGGUACUGUCAACUCACUUGAACUUACUUCUCCUAGCGCUUCUAAGACUACGAAACGCAAACCGCAGUCAAGUAAUGUAAGUGAGGAUGGAUCCAGAAAUACUAAGCACAUGGCUUCGGAGAAUGUGAAGGCUGAUGCUUCUCCUGAUAGUCAAGAAAGUCUUCCGGUCGGACAUACAAGAAAAUCUGUUACAAUCAUGUUAAAAGCUUCUCCUACACUUGAGUUUCAGAGUGCUAAGUCUCUUCUUUCGCCAAAUACCAGACCUCUUCCUAAUGUUGCCUCUAAAUCAACUGCCAGAAAGCGUAUUCAAGUAAAAGCUGUAAGCUUAAAGGCAGAGCCAGAUACAUCUAUCUCUGAAUCUCAAUCUGAAAAUGCAGAUAACUCUGUCCUAACUAAUUCACUCUUAUCAAAGGUAAUGAGUAUCGUCGCCUAUCUGAAAAGGUUGCGAAGGCGUCCGAUACAAGACUUAGUUCUAAAGCUUUGUGAAAAGCGCUACAAUAUUUCUGAGAAAAAUGCUUUGUCUGCAUUGGAUACCUUAAUUUCUCGAGGUCAGUUGUUUGGAGUAGAGUCAGCUAAGGGUAUAUCGUAUCGUAUUCAUCCUCAUACUGUGGCUCGUGGUGAUUUGAAGAAAUCCACGUCCCUCUCAGCCAAAAUCAAAGCCAAAUAUAGUGGUGGAAGAAGUAGAAUACGGCCCAAAGUUUCUAUCAUACUUGGCACUAAACGACCAUACUCUGGAGGAUCACCAGACACCUGUCCAUCUAAAGUUGCGAGGAACGACCCUGCGACAAGUACCGUUCGUCAGUGCUCCAGCAGGAGAUCAACAAGACACAGCUUAUUAGCUUCUGACAACUCUGCUGCAAAUUGUUCAGUUAUCAAUGAAAAAAUGUAUUCCAGUCAGUCUUCAGACAUUGUAGGCAAUGCGGAAGUGAGUCUUGAUCACGUUACGCAACCAGACAAGGACGAUUUCUCAUCAGGUAUACAGUCUCUGAAAACAGAUGAUCUCCAACAUGGUACAAAGAUAUUUAUUGUACCGCCGGCUAGUCCACUGAAUGAAGCCAAUUGUGAGAGUCAGAUGAAUAAUCUACCUCAUCAUCGCACUGAGCAGGGUUCGUGUAGUAGUAUGAGUUCUGGACCUGGUUUCGAGAACUCAGGAAUUGCUCAAGUGACUAAUUCAAGACGUAGCAAUCGACAAAUGGACGGCUAUAGAUUCAAAUCAAUUUGUGUAAAAAAAAAUGUACAGGCUAGAUUUACAGAGGUUUGGCUCCGGUCACCAAGUUCAUCUUUUAAGAAUGCAUUUACUAUUCAGGUUCUUGAAGAGCUAACAAUGGUUUUGAAUCGAUCAACUUAUGACUCAAGCCACCUCAUUAUGAUUUCGGGAUCUGGGACUGUGUUCAGCUCUGGAAUCGACCUUACUACUAUUACCGGAGAUCUUUUAACAAAUGCAUUUAUCGGUCCACCUUCAUGUGAUUCCUCCCGAAGUUCAUCUACAAGUUCGAGUAAUGUAUGCACAUCUCGUAAUUCAAACAAUGGUAAAAAAGCUGGGAUUGAUAUUUCCAAAUCAACUCAUAUCAGUCAUUCUGGUUUUUCAUAUUCUCAGUCGAGUUCGGAUUCGAAUUCUUCAAACCAGAAAAAUAUAAAUGAAGUUAAUUCGCUUUUCAGUUCAUUACUAAAUCCUGAAAAUAUUGAACGUCUAGUUAAAGCCCUAAGGUCAUUCCUGUUAUCAUUAGUAUCAUUUCCCAAACCUAUUGUUGUUGGUGUAAACGGUCCAGCUAUGGGGCUCGCUGUUGCUAUAUUACCAUUGUGUGACAUUGUUUACGUUAGUGAUUCAGCCACAUUUUAUAUGCCAUACACUCGCCUUGGCCAAAUUCCGGAAGCAGCAUCAACUUAUACUCUAAGCAGUCUCAUCGGUAUGCCUUUGGCUAGUGAGUUACUAUUGGCUGGUCGUAAAUUGUCUGCGCGUGAAGCAUUGCAACGAGGUUUAGCUUCCGAUAUAAUUUUUCCUAAAAAUUUUAAGCAAGAAUUAGUACUCCGAUCUCAGAAGUUGGCUGAAACUUCGUGCGUGGCAAUGGAAAUAACCAAGUGCAUGAUUAAAAUGCAGCAUCGUGAACGUAUUGAAUAUGUGAUUAAUACUGAGUGUAGGAAAUUAUUAGAAUGUUGGUGUACACCAGAAUUUCGCUACACGGCUAUGGAGUUUAUUCUUAACGAGAUGGAUGAUUUUGUAUAG